AUGCGCGUCUCGAUUCUCACCGAACAGGGUGAUCUCCACACCAUCGAGGUCGACUCCCAAAUGGAACUCGAAAACAUCAAGGCUCUCCUCGAAGCAGACUGCAGUAUCCCAGCCGAGGAACAAGCUCUUUUCCACAACGAGGUUGAACUUCAGGAUCCAAAGUCCACACUGGAGGCCAACAACGUGGCUCCUGAUGAUAUCUUGACCUUGCGCCGCCGCAUCAAGAAGCCAAGGAUGACCAACAUUGCCUCUGUCGGCGCAGGAGCUGGGUCUCGGCCAACCGUCCCUCCAGGCCAGAUCGCACAGGGUGGUGGAGAUCCUCACGACGCAGAACAAAUCCGCCAACACAUUCUCAGCAACCCAAGCGUGCUUCGUCAGCUUCAGGGGAACCAGCCAGAGUUAGCCGAGGCAGCCCAGAACGACCCCAACCGGUUCCAUGAAAUGAUUCGGGAGUUGGAGGUGCAGCGACGCGGCGCAGAAAUGGCCCGCAUGCAGGAAAUUAACCAACUGAACGCAGACCCAUUUGACAUGGAGGCGCAGAGGAGGAUUGAAGAGGCUAUUCGCUUGGAAAACGUGGCUGCUAACAUGGAAGCCGCAAUGGAGCAUAACCCCGAGUCGUUUGGACGUGUGACGAUGCUUUAUAUUGACGCUGAGGUCAAUGGACACCCCGUCAAGGCUUUUGUCGAUUCUGGAGCGCAAGCAACUAUUAUGAGCCCCGAGUGCGCAGAGGCCUGUGGCAUCAUGCGUUUGGUCGAUACUCGAUUUGCCGGUAUUGCUCGCGGAGUGGGUGUUGCCAAGAUUUUGGGAAGAGUUCACAGUGCCCAGAUUCGGGUUGGCAAGACCCUUUUCUUGGCGUGCUCUUUCACCAUCAUGGAGGGCAAGGGUGUCGAUUUGCUUUUUGGACUGGAUAUGUUGAAGCGCCACCAGGCCUCGAUUGAUCUCAAGAAGGAUUGCCUCAUCAUCAACGGCCACGAGAUUCGUUUCUUGUCCGAGCACGAGUUACCUAGCAGCGCCAAGGAUAGCUCUGAGCUGACCCCCGAGGAACUGGCCUCUAUUGGUAGUGCCAAACCCGAUGCCGCAGCCGCAGCUACUUCCAGCUCAAGCUCGUCAGCACCGGCUGCAACGAAUACCUCUGGAUCUGGCUCUACAACAUCUGCACCGGCAGCUGCACCAGUGGCUGCUCCUGUCGCUGCUCCAGUUCGUGCAUUGACGCCUGCCGCUCCCGCCCAACCUGCCGGCGGACCCCCCACUUUCCCUGAGAAGGACAUUGAGACAUUAAUGGGACUGGGAGCCUCACGCGAGCAGGUUGUCUCAGCUCUUGAAGCAGCCGGAGGCAAUGUAGACUUUGCAGCAAGUUUCUUAUUCUAG